AAUUGGUAGUCGGUUAGCAGAAAACUUCCAGCCUGCUCAACAAUCCACUCCCGAGCCAGAAGCUGCUCACCAAACACCCACUUUUGAAGUUAGUCCAACCAAUUCCCCGCAUCUCUCCGAACAGGUUGACACUAGUGAAGGUAAAAUAUUUAACUAUGUUAUGUUUUUAGUUACAUUCUUAAUUAUGAAAAUAUUCUUGAUUUGCCUUGGGCAUCGGUUAGCAGAAAACUUCCAGCCUGCUCAACAAUCCACUCCCGAGCCAGAAGCUGCUCACCAAACACCCACUUUUGAGCUAGAAGUCACUCACCAUUCACCCACUCCCGCGCAUAAUGCCACAUUGGAAGUUACUCCAACCAAUUCCCCGCAUCUCUCCGACGGUGAUGUGCAUUCUUCUCCACCAUCAGACCAUGUUAUGUUUGACACUAGUGAAGCCGGGGAAAAUGCGGGGGAGAAUGUGGGGCAUCGCAAACGCUGUAGACCUGGCAUGGCGACUCCUACAUCAUAUCUUGUAACUGGACCAAGAGUAAAUAAGGGGCUGUGGGUAAACAAGAAAUUUACGCAUUCCGACGAUCACGUCAAAGCUAUCUGGGCUAAAAGAAAGAGAAAGUGAUGAGUUGUUUCCCAUUUCAUCCAUGUUUGUUGAAGAAAAGUGAAAUGUAUAUAACUUGUCUUGAUAUGCCCCGUACAUUUUAUGGCAAAUCUGUUGUUCUAAGUGAUGCUGCUUAGGGAUGCUCAAAUUAACCAACUGUAUUUGAAUAUUUCUGUGGGCUAUAUAACUGUAUUUGAAUUU